GAAGAUUCGCCUUAAUUAAUAAUGUUUUUGAAGAAAAGGGAAUGAAAAAAGAAAAUCUAACGCGUAAAAGAAGAGAAAAGUAAGGCCACCGGUCCCAUGGCGCCAACAUCAAACUCCUGAUACGAUCACAACCGUUGAUAUGGACACACAAUUCCAAGAUCCAGCGAGGAACAACUGCUCGUUCAUGGCGGCCCACUAAAAUAAUCAAACCUUUCAACUAAUCUCUGAUUUUGAAUUAAGUCUUUCAAAUUACUCCUUCCAACAAGCUCAAACUCCGUCGAUUUCAAAGGUAACUUUUCAACUUCACCAUUCAACUAAUCGAGUAAUAUUUAGUUCUUUUCUUUUCUUUUCAUUCCAAUUUUCCAGGGAUUUGUUUAUAUAUAUAAAAAGAAAACGGUGGUUUAGAGUUGAAGGUGAACUUUGAUGGCAAGAAUAAAGCCUCAGGCGUUGUUAAUUCAAAGCAAAAAGAAGAAAGGGUCAACUCGGAUCAGUGUUCCUACAAUUCUUUUUUGCAGUUUAAUCGUUUUAUUGAUUUUGUUGUCCUUAAUUACUACGUACAAGCAUUGGUCUCAAAGCAGGUCAAGGGGACAAACAAGAACUGGGUUGUCAAAUUUUGAGAAUGUGGAUGAGAUUGCAGAUUCAAAGAAGUAUGAUCUUCCUGGAUAUGCUGUUCUAAAUACAUCAAAAGGCAAUAUAACUAUAGAACUCUUCAAAGAUGGUUCCCCUGAGAUUGUCGACAAAUUUCUUGACUUGUGUCAAAAGGGACAUUUCAAGGGCAUGCCUUUCCACCAUGUGAUAAAAAACUAUGUGAUUCUAGGAGGGCAUUCACAAGAUUCUGGAGGCAUCGAAGAUUGGACAUCAAAAAGAAAGUUUCACAGACAGCUGCCCACAAGUCCAAAGCAUGAAGCUUUUAUGCUUGGAACUACAAAGAUUAAGGAAGAUAGCAAAGCAUUUCAGCUUUUUAUCACAACUGCACCAAUACCGGAUUCAAACGACAAACUAUAUAUGUUCGGACGAGUCAUCAAGGGUGUAGAUGUGGUUCAGGAAAUUGAAGAGGUUGAUACCGAUACGCAUUACAGGCCUAAAUCUCCUGUAGGGAUCAUCAAUGUUAUACUGCAACAAGUAAUUUGAGUGUUUUCAUUUAGUCACUGUAAAGGUUUGUAUACAUUCAUCAUGGCCUUACAAAAUCCUUCUUCUUUUUUCUUUUUUUCUUUUUUUUUUUUUUUUGAGAUUACCUUUAGCAAUCCUAUUAAGUAAUUAGACUGCACCUCACUAUUUGUAGUCUUUUUAUAUUCAUAUUACACAUACAAUUUUGAUUCAUAGUUGGGGUGAUUAAAUACAUCUUUGUAUUAGUUCACAAAAUUUUUUUAUAUCGCCAUUUUGUUUUUGAUCAGUUAUAAUAUCUAGCAGUCUUUAUUCUAUACAAGUUGAAAAGCAAAUUAAUCAAAUUAAGCUACCGAACAUUUAAUUUUACAGCAAAUAAAUAGAGGUAAAAUUUUAACGAAUUUUUGUGGACAAAAAAAAUGGUGAAAGGAAAUAAAAUAAAAUCUGAACGAGUUUGAGGAGCUGAGCCAUUAAUGUUACUGUUAGAUAGUGAUCUAAACCAAAAGAAGAUUUAGAAGUUCUGAAAGCAAUAAGAGAAUUUCAUUACAGUAGUGAAAUAUAAAAGGUUGAGAAAGUAGAACUAACUAGUUGAGGGUGGGAAGGUGUGGGAACUCAGUCAUUUUUCUUGCUAGUGGCAACAGGGUUUUGCUCCGAAAUGAUCUUUAGAACAU